CCACCUUGUGUCACGCUGCAAAAAUGUCUUUGACUGAUGCCCUGGUCAUUAUUGGUGGAUUCACAUUAGUUUUCUACUCCAUGAAAGCGGCCAGGAAGUGUUACUGCGGAUUCAGAGAGUUUAUUUUAUCGAAAUUUUGGCAAGUGGAUUUGAGGACUUAUGGGCAAUGGGCAGUUGUCACAGGUGCCACAUCUGGUAUUGGAAAAGCAUACGCCAUGGAGCUCGCUCAGAGAGGCCUGGAUAUUGUUUUAGUCAGCAGAUGUGAUGAGAAGCUUCGACAGGUGGCCAAAGAGAUUGAGGGUCAGUACGGUCGAAAGACUCACACCAUACGAGUGGACUUCACGCACGGCCCUAAUAUCUACCCUUUAAUAGCCAAGUGUCUCCAAGGUCUCGAAAUUGGAAUUCUGGUGAACAAUGUGGCGAUGUCCUACUCUGACGAUUUCGCCUCAUUCCUCGAAAUUGCAGAUGCUGAACAGAAAAUCACGGAGGUUCUCGACUGUAAUGCCCUCUCUGUUGCUCAAACGACAAGAUUAGUUUUGCCCGGCAUGCUUGAACGGAAAACAGGAUUGAUCAUUAAUAUCUCCUCACAAGUGGGAAUCCAUCCGCAGCCUCUGCUGGCCCUUUACUCCGCCACCAAGGCGUUUGUGAUGUAUUUCUCUCAGUGUCUGCAUGCUGAGUACAAGGCAGAAGGGAUUACAGUCCAGUGCGUUGUGCCCUUCCUGGUUUCCACCAACAUGAACAAAAUGAAAAGCGGCGGCCACGUGAAGAGCGCUGCAGCUUUCGCCCGAGAAGCCUUGAACACAGUGGGUUACACCAGCUACACCAGCGGCUGUCUGUUGCACGCGCUGCAGAGCUUUGCUAUUGGCUUACUCAUCCCAGACUGUCUGCGUAUGUCCUCGUUCCUUGUGGCAAAGCUACAUGACAUGGCACACCGGAGAAAAAUUCAAAAAGGACUGCGCAAGGGGGUUCAUACGGAUUCAUAAAGGAACAAACAAUGCACUCCUGCCUGCACUUUACAAUGGAUGGACGCUAAAAUAGUUUUUUGUAGGGUCACUGACAAGCGAGUGUAAUCAACAUUUUAUAUAUUCGAAAUUCAAAUCAGCUUUUUCAGAUGAUAUUCCAUCUCACAUAAAAGUGGAGAUGCAUGUUCUUUUUUGGAAGGCAACAUAUUUAUAACAUUUGGAUAUUUGAAGAGUUGUCACAAUUAUUCUCGAUAUCGACAGAUACUGUACGGUGACGAUAUUUUAUUACACUUAAGCUUUCAGGAAGUUACAAAGAUUACGAUACACAGACGAU